CUGAUUUCACCAAUACAGAUCUGAAUGGCUGAAUUGGUGUAAGAGAAACAAGAACAUUGGACCAAACAGAUUACUCUAUUAUUCCGAAGUUUGUUUAUGCAGCAGUGUGUGGGAAUGACCAUAUCAUUGAUUCUGCAUCAUUCACUUGUCUUCUCCACACUAAUUCCUUUGGCCGUGAAACGCAGGAAAACCAGCUGCACUAUAUAAUUCAUAUUCGAGUGGCUGUUUUCCAGCUAUCCGGAAAAAAGGAACUAUCUGCAGUCAUCAUGGCUUUCCCAUUCAUGAGGAGCUUCAUUCUGCUCUUUUUAUACCGUUAUGUUCGCUUGGUAGUCAAUUUAUGGUCGUUUUACACCUUCAAACCAAUUCCCAUUCCAGAGAGUCCCAAAUUGACCGCAGAAGACGUGACGGUUAUUGUACCCUCUCUGGAAGGAUGCGGCGAUGAACUGGUCGAGACAAUCCGAACGAUUCUGGACAACAGGCCUCAUGAGUUGCUACUUGUCACCAUCGAAGCCAAUCGAAAGGAUGCCGAGAAGAUGUUGAAGGCGAUGCCAGCGUACCUCAACGACCGCAUUCGUCUCUUCACGGUCACCCAUCCCAAUAAAAGACGCCAAAUGACUCGGGCUAUUCCAGAGGUACGUACAGCAAUCACCAUAUUCGCUGACGAUGAUGUGAGCUGGCCAUCUACUGCAUUGCCAUGGAUUCUGGCUCCAUUCGACACCGACGAACGCUACGGCGGAGUUGUUACGUGUCAAAGGCUGCGUAGGGCGGCUAAUCCGACAUUUUCUGAGAAGAUCUGGAAUUUCCUGGGUGCUCUAUACUUGGAACGUCGGAAUUUCGACUGCGCUGCCACCACACACAUUGAUGGUGGCGUACCAUGUCUGUCUGGGCGAACAGUAGCUUACCGAACCAAGAUUCUACAGGAUGAAGUCUUCACCAACGAUUUCACUAACGAGGAGUGGUGGUUUGGCAAAUACCAACUCAAUGCGGACGACGAUAACUUUAUCACGCGCUGGAUGGUCUCGCACGGUUGGGAGACUUAUAUCCAGUAUCAUCCAGAAGUUGAAGUCAAGACGACUCUGGAGAACAACCCUAAGUUUCUGAAGCAGUGCGCUCGAUGGUCACGAAGCAAUUGGAGAAGCAACUUGACCAGCAUGUUCGCCGAGCGUCAUAUCUGGUAUCGUCAGCCAUGGAGUACAUACGCUGUACAUCUGACCACCCUUUCACCUCCGGCCCUUCUCGGCGACUGUCUUCUCAUCUACCUGUGUCACAAAGCAACGGAGAGCCUAGAUGGCGAUGCACACUGGUUCGCAAUGCGCGCAUUGGGAAUUUGGAUGUUCAUCAGCAAAUUCAUCAAAUUGAUGGGCCAUUAUAGGCGAUAUCCCGCCGAUUUUCUCUUGCUGCCUGUCUCGAUUCUGUUCGGUUAUUUCCACGGCGCCAUCAAGAUCUAUGCGGCAGUCACAUUGAAUGUGACCGCAUGGGGAAGCCGAGAGGGAGCCGAUGCUAACGACGCCGAACGUAUGAGGAAACGUUCCGAUAUUGAACGGGAGAAACAAGCCCGAAGAAUGGCUUCGAUGUAUCCUCUCAACAAGGUGACCUGGCCCUCUUCAGGGUACGCUCCUAUUGCUUAGGGGACUCAUUCCCGACUAUGCCAUUUCCCACCUUAUAUGAAAUGAAAUGGAUGGAUGGUGUACAACAACCACCUCUGCUACGUACAUGAGUCAAUUGCGACCUCGAUGGUCUCGUCCGAUAUAUAUCUUCCCAUUAACGAUGCUACGAUCAGCCCCAAAACCUUUUUUACAUAUCAUUUGUACUCCUUCUCACGAACUGAAGCGAUGCGAUCGAUGGCUCUCUCAUCUACUCUUGAGAGAUCCUCUUUGUGACUAUAACACUACUCGAAAUGGGUUGCUCAGCCCUAAUAACGACAGGCACUUCAUUUUUUAACAUUGACCUACAUAUAUAUGUUUCGUCGGUCUCAGCUGGAAGCAAACAGGACAGCUUAUACAUACCUCUCUGGCUCCUUCCUCUGCUCUUAUCUUUCUAUUCGAAGAAAGGCAGAAGGAGGGACAAAAAGAAGAAAUUUCGUACUGGCAUGUAAUAGUAUCAACGCAAAAAAAGUAUCUUUUUCUUCUGGAAUCUCCUUUUCUUCCCCGUCAUGAAACACUGUGUGACACUUCUUUCUUCUUUUAAUUGCUUUGCUAGACAAGAAGUUGACUGCUGGGAGGAUCUCUGUUAUUUCGUUGUUCUUGUCGAAUUUUCAGCUUGCAUUUUUUUAUUUCGACUUUGAUGUCCGUUGCUUUCUGGUUUUCCCUUACUGGUAAAGCAGGUGUUUUGUAUACUUCGAUAUAUACUUUCUCUUCCCGUCUUUGAUUUAUUGCCAAUUCAACUUGUCUCAACAUUGCAAAGUCCGCUCUCUUCGUUCUGCCUUUGAGUCCGUCUUGGUCACUUCUUCUGCGAAUGAAUGAAAUUUGUUAGGGUCAUUGGCAAACUGUUCUUGCAGGGGACCAUGGCUGUGUACAGAUUGGUUGUGCUAUUGAUAAUCAUAAUAAUAAUCUCGGGCUUUUCCA